UGGUAUCUCUGAUCAAAUGCCUCGAUAAAGCGCCCUCUGUUGGAGUGAUUUCUUAAGCGCUCGACUCGCUUAUGCAUAUCUCUGUGGAAGAGGGAUACAUCUUUCAUAGCUGCAGCAAUGUCACAUUGACUACUCGUAUCCGUAUCGAGACUCGAAACAGCGGCAUCACGCCAAUAUGCCCGUGCAGUGAUUGACGCUACGAGUGCAUAGCGCGAGGAGAACACGAAUCAUCGUGGCCGAUCACGAACCGUCCGUUAUGAAUCUGCGUCUAGCCAUGCUAGCAUGGGGGUGGCAUCCUUCCGGAGUCUUUAAUAAUGUUGCUGCCACGCAUUCCUCCUGCUUUUGCAAGUCUCGGAAUCUUCCUCUACUCAUCCGAGUCCUGCUGCAAGAUGCCUGACACCCAUGCCAAAAGUCACCCCGACGAGCCUCUGGAAGCCGACGAGAGUUACGGUGAUGCCGAUUCUACAUAUGCGGGGUCGCUAGGCGAUGCAAGCUACACAAGCUCCAUAACGUCGAGUAUUCUCAAUUAUAAGUACGAAAAUGGCCGCCGAUACCACGCCUUUCACGAUGGCGAAUACAUGCUGCCAAAUGAUGAACAAGAACAGGAUCGAUUGGAUCUUAGCCACCAUAUCUACCGACUGCUGCUUGACGGUGAACUGAAUCUUGCGCCUAUCAAAGAUCCCAGGAGGGUAUUAGACCUUGGCACCGGCACUGGCAUAUGGGCCAUUGACUUUGCGGAUGAACAUCCCGAAGCAGAAGUACUGGGCAAUGAUCUCAGUCCUAUCCAGCCGACCUGGCUACCUCCAAACUGCCGAUUUGAAAUUGAUAACUACGAGCAAGAAUGGCACUACUCUCGCCCCUUCGAUUAUAUCCAUGGCCGGGAACUUGAGGGCUGCGUGAAAGACGUUGAUCAGCUUUUUAGCCAGGUCCUGAAGCAUUUGAGCCCUGGUGGCUAUUUUGAAAUUGCAUCAAUUGAAGUUAAGAGCACCUCAGAUGAUGGCACGCACCUGAAGGCUAAAGAUUUUGUCCGGGCCCAUGAGCUUGUCUGCGAGGCUUCUCAGAAGUUUGGAAAAUCUUUUGCCUCUUCACAUACAUGGAAGGAAAAGCUGAUCAAAGCCGGCUUUGAGGAUGUCCAUGAGAAGAUUUUCAAGCUCCCCCAGAGCCCUUGGCCCAAGGAUCCUAAGCUCAAAGAGCUUGGCCGUUAUAAUCAAGUCAAUAUUAUGGAAGCCAUGGGUUCCUAUACAUAUGCCCUCUUCACUCGUGUUUUGGGUUGGUCAAGGGCGCAGAUUGAGGUCCUUCUUAUGGGUGCACGGAAUGACCUGAAAGACCUGUCGAAUCACCUCUAUACCAAUGUCCGUAUCGUAUACGGGCGAAGGCCAGAGGAAAAGUGAUCUCAAUCGGUGCCUCAUCGAAUACUCUCAUUUCGCCCUCAUGGAAAGUCUAAGCCAGCUCGCCGCCUACGCGUUUCUGAAAGCUCCCAACUACAUCGUUUGGUGCUGAAUUAUGAAAUUGGAGAAUGCUGUGCAAGGAGUUAUCAUGGAAGAUUCCUGUCAAUUUUUAGUUUAUUAAAACUACGAACCUGAAUUGUUGAAGUAUCUCCGCUAUUGGCUUCUGUCUGUACAAAGGUGUUGUGAGUAAGAUGCAGCCAUCACCGAAGGUCCCCAGUACCCUGGGAGCCAUACAAAACACAAC